AUGACAGGGGCCUGUCCGUCAGUAACCAAAGAGGACAGAAAAAAAAAAAAAAAAAAAAAAAAAAAAAAAAAACGCCCCCUUGGCCCUAAGAACAAAGUGUGGCUGGCAAACAACAUCAAUCAUGCUUUGACGUCGUUCGUCCAGAUUGGUCGCAUGGCGAACGUGUGGUCCCGCUCGAGCUGGUCCCGGAGUUCUGAAACCUGGGGACAAUCAAGUUCCCAGGGCGAUGAGAGACGGCAGACGCAUGAGCAGGCAACGUGCGCAGCGCGCGCACGCCUAUACGAGGUAUCCUAA